AUGGAAAGAAGAGAUAGUCUGCCUAAAUUGAAUCCGGCGGACGCAAAGGAAGAUAGUGGUACAAAUGGCGGCAAGUUAAAUCGCUCUGGUGUCUGGCAACUUAUUAGUAAACUGCAAAAAGAAAAUGAUGAAUUGAAACUUGAAUUAAUAAAGAACAAAACGUGUUACAACAUUCUCAGAAGUGACUUGAAGGAAAUUUCAGUCGCCGAAGAAAAAAUGAAUUUGGAAAUGGCUUUCUUGGGUGAUGAAAAAGAUCAUUGUGAGAAAGAAUUGAAAGAAACUAGAAGAUUGUUGUUGCAGCUUCAAAGUGACUACAGAGACGUUCUUGAGCAACAUGAAGAGCUUAAAAAAAAGUAUGCCGAACUUCGUGAAAUCGGAGAGCAAGAGAAUUUGGAACAAAUGGAUCAGGUGGCUCACCUCCUUGAAGCAAAAAGAAAAUUGAUGUCUAUCAUUGCUUCAAAAGUUCCUGACACUAAUCAGAAAUUAUUGGAUUCCAUGAUUGAAACAGACGAAAUUGUGAAAUUGAAAUCGGAAAACACGUUUCUUAAAAAAGAAUUGAAGAAAUUCUACUUCAAGAAUCUCCUCCAAGAGCAGCAGAUACAUGACAUGAACGAGAUGAUCAAGCACAUGACCAGACUUGUCUGCGUGACAACUGUCGACUUCAAGAUUGACGACUAUCACGCUAGCGACUACCUGAACAACAAAAACCACGAAGACAAUGAAAGCAACAUAGAUCAAAAUAAUUAUUGCAAUGACAUUAAGUGCAAAAGUGCUACAACUUUUAUUGAUAGUCCAAGUAACAAGAAAGGAAAAUCUUUCAGAGAGGCAACUGAACAAAUUUUGAAAGAAUUCAAUGAUAUUUGUUCGGAACUCUUGAGCAAAAAUGUACUGCCAUACAAUUUUUAUAUCGAACUUCUCAGCAAAUUUGAAAUAAUCAGGGAAAGACAAUUGGCGCGCAAAAAAGUUGAAGAUCUCGGCUUGGGAACUAAUGUUGCCAGAGUGUCGAACAGUAAUUUCAGAAAAUGGGUGAGCUUCCUGAAUGGUUGUGAUCAUAUCUGGGGCCUGGAAAGUGUCUUGAGGUGCGUCCGCGCAGACGGCAUUCACAAGUAUUUUUGGACAUUCAACGAUUUGUUCAUGAACGAUGAAAUUAAUCAAAAGAUACUUGAUAUUUCUCAAAAUAAUUAUGUUGAAAUUGUUCCAGUUUUGAUUGGGGAAGCAGUUUUUGACUCCAGCUUAUAUAGCACCGUCAACUUUUUGUGCUUCAGAGUUCACCACAUAGUGAGAGCUACAGAGGAAGAAGAAGCAUUUGUCAUUUUUAUCAAUUACAUGCUGGAGACCCUACAAAUUUUGAAUAAAAGGCAGAAUCAUUUUGUUCUAGACAUUUACAUACCCUCAUUGGAAAAUGAGGAGUGGGUAAUCAAAAGAACAUCAGUGGAAGAUGCUAUCGAAGAAAAAGAAGAAUACCUUUCUAUGUUAAUUUUGGCCACAAAAUUUAAAAAGACAAUCAGAGUUGAGUUCUUAUUCUCACUGGACGCUGGCAAAAUGAUGUACAUUCCAGGAAGAUUUGAGAUGAUCAUGAGCUGGAGUAUGAUGAUGAGUGAGCACGUGGAUUCUGCCAAUCACGUCAUCAAAAUGAAGCAUUACACUGAUGACCCUUUACAUACUUUAUAUGAAGAUAGUGCGAGCAGUAACAAUAAUGCCAAACCACAAGCCACGACUUCAGCUGCUGCAGCUGAUGAUGCUGAUGACGAUGGUGAUGAUGAAAAAGACGAUGAUAUUAUAAUUGACGUUGAUGGGUCGAUAGAUUUGAAGAAUGCCUUCACAUUCACGCAACAUGAGGACUCUCUUAUUGAGACCCACAGGAAGGUUUUCAUAAUUUAUUGCAAGCAAAACGCGUUGGAAGUGUAUGACAAGCUGGGAUUCAACUAUGAUCUGAUACAUCAAUUAGUUCUACUACACGUGCACGAAAUGCCAUCACCAGCUUCAUCAUUUUACUCACCACCACCAUCAUCAUCACUAAUGAUGGAUUUAUUGUGCAUGGCUAACAGCAGAGCUAUUGAAAUGUAUGCCUUGAUGCAAAUCAACAAGAGCGUCAGAGAAUGUGUAUACAAGUUCUUGAAUAACUCUAUUAAGGAGACUCCAGUUGACAGUUUGAUGUCGCUACUGAAAGGUUACCAGUUUAAAUUGGGAAGGCACCAGUCAACUUAUGCUGACGAGGCCGUGAAGACAAAAUGUCUAGAAGUUUUUUUAAGUAUGAAUGAUCAGAAAAAUCAGUUGAAACUUAAUAUUGAGUUGAUAACAGCGCUGAAGAACCUGUCUUCGUAUAAAAAUAUAUACUUCCUGAAGCUGUUUGCAAACUCUUUCAAAUCUUCAUUCCACCUGCUGGAUUAUUUAUCCAACGCUAAUGAUGGGACGUUGAAUUCGAAUGAGAAAGUUCGAUCCGUGGAUGAGUACAUAGUAGACAUAAAAUUGAGUGAUUUCAUAGAGGAGUUGAUCGAGCGAGUAUCAGAUUUGAAAUCGUUCAACAGCAAUGAAGCCAGCAACCUACUCAUUCAUUUGAUCGCCUCAUACGCUCUAAGGAUGAACUUGCAAACGCAAACAGCACAUGAGGUUCUGGAAAAGUUGAAGUGCCAUCCCAAUAUCACAUCCAUAACAGAAAGCAACAGUGACGAUAAAAAGGACCAACGUAGUGUUGCUGAUGAAAUAAUGAAGAAUAAAAUGAAAAUGAUGAAAAUUGUUCAGUAUGAUGUUUAUGGUUUAAGACAUGUCCUGGAAGUUUACAGUCACCCCACUCUGACAGAGGUCAUUGGAAAGAUCAGGGAUGAAUUCAUUUCCAAUUAUGUUUCCAAUUACGAGUCGUUCAAGAUAGUCCUGGUGAACACCUUGUUUGGCGACAUAAUUUUGUACAAUAAAGUGGACCCGUAUUUAUCAAGCGUUGACUAUGCAGAGCAUUGUUAUAUUACAGGACCUGCUGGUUGUUGUAAGGAAGCAAUCCAGCUGUACGCUUCACAGGUUUACGAAGACCUGAAAGCUCGUUACACUAUGCUCAACAUCAGAUUGUUUGGGGUUCAUUUUGGGGUUGAAACCAGCAAGAUAAACAAUGUUGACAGUGUCAAAGAAAGUGACGCGAAUUCUGCAUUCUGGAGCAUUCAUCGUGUGAUGACACAUAGGAAAGGAUUUCUAUGGAACAUGGAAACAUUCCUGAAAAAGAAGAAAUUUGUUGUCUUUCAUUUCUUCAUAGAGGUAUCAAAUGUUCAGAUGUUACUCGUUAAGAAGCAUUAUUUGUUCACUUACAUUGAGAGCAUCGGUGGCACCACUAGGUGUGUGCGUUACCAUGAUUAUCCAGCCUGUUUCAUGUACAAUCAACUGUUCUUCAAUUCUCAUCAAGCUCUAUUUUACUGGAAAUACGAAUGCAAUAACAACAAAACUGUGUUAACUGAGGAACUAGGAAAGUUGAAAAAAGAGAUUUUACUGGCUUACAAAAACAAAAAGUGUCUCAAAUUGUGUAACUUAAUGUGGAUAUAUGGCAACCUUUACAAGGGCGCAGAUGAUUUGAUGCCUGAUUUGUAUGCUGUUCAUCAAAGUUGGGUACGUAGGAUUGAUCACCUCAUCAAAAUAGGUGGUGUCGUGCAAGAUUUGAUAAGAAUGUUGUUGUUGCACAAGGAGUACUCAUCGCUACAAAAUGUCGGUGGAAAUGAAAGGACGGAUCCGCUGGAGAAAUCAAAUCUUGUGGCUGACUUUGGAGACAACGAAUUCAAUAAACUGGAAAUCCAGAUAAACACCAUGUUAAAUACCUUUGUUAUAAAAACACUGGAAAUUUGUAGAGAAAAAGCCUUUGUUAAAUGUGGAAACGUUCCCGACAGAAAGAAAAUGUUUGUUUCUAAAGAACUUGAUUUGAAAGCGAUCGUGAGAAUUGAUGAAGUGAUUAACAUGUUGACAGGAGCCAAAGACAUGAUCGGUUCUCCUGUUGUAGAAACUUUAACUCGCACACGUCAACAGAUAUACUACAUAUGUAAUAAUGUGUCUGUUUGA